GGCUGGCAGGCAAUCGGCUCCCAGAAGCUGAGGCUCUGUCAAGAUACAGGACCCCGUGCUCCGGCAGCCACCUCCUUUCUGCAGAAGCUAGGCACAGCCGGCCAGCCUGAUGCGUGUGGUGGUGAUUGGCGCAGGCGUCAUUGGCUUGUCCACCGCCCUCUGCAUCCAUGAGCUCUACCACUCGGCCCUGCAGCCUCUGGACAUGACGAUCUACGCAGACCGCUUCACCCCGCUCACCAACACCGAUGUGGCUGCUGGCCUCUGGCAGCCCUACCUCUCUGACCCCAGCAACCCACAGGAGGCGGACUGGAGCCGGCAGACUUUUAACCACCUCCUGAGCCACAUCCAUUCUCCCAGCGCUGAAAAGAUGGGCCUGGCCCUAAUCUCGGGCUACAACCUCUUUCGCAAAGCUGUUCCGGACCCUUCCUGGAAGGACACAGUUCUGGGGUUUCGGAAGCUGACACUCAGAGAGCUGGACAUGUUCCCCGGUUACAGCUAUGGCUGGUUCAAUACAAGCUUGAUUCUGGAUGGGAGGAGCUACCUGCAGUGGCUGACUAAAAGGUUAACCGAGAGGGGAGUGAAACUCUUCCAGCGCAAGGUGGAAUCCUUUGAUGAGGUGGCAGGAGGAGGUGUCGAUGUGAUUGUCAACUGCACCGGGGUAUGGGCCUCAGCACUGCAACCAGACCCCUUGCUGCAGCCCGGCCGGGGGCAGAUCAUUAAGGUGGAUGCCCCCUGGGUGAAGCACUUCAUUAUCACCCACGACCCAGAGAGCGGCAUCUACAAGUCCCCGUACAUCAUCCCGGGGGUCCAUGCGGUUACUCUUGGAGGCAUCUUCCAGAUGGGGAACUGGAGUGAGGGAAACAGCACCGAUGACCACAACACCAUUUGGAAGGGCUGCUGCAGCCUGGAGCCCACGCUGAAGGAUGCAAGAAUUGUUGGAGAAUGGACUGGCUUCCGGCCAGUCCGGCCACAGAUCCGGCUCGGAAGAGAACAGCUCAGUGCUGGGCCUUCAAAGACAGAGGUCAUCCACAACUAUGGCCAUGGUGGCUAUGGGCUCACCAUCCACUGGGGCUGUGCCCUGGAGGCAGCCAAGCUCUUUGGGAAAAUCCUGGAGGAAAAGAAGUCGUCCAGGAUGCCACCAUCCCACCUGUGAAGACUCCAGUGAGCCACGCCUUCCCCACCAGGAUUCUCCACUCUCCCUGGCCAAGCAAUCAACGUGCUCCUCUGUAAGACAGCCUUGACCUCCCACCUGCCCACAAGGCCAAGGCCUGGACAAGAGUUCGGGCCAGCCUGGCACCCUCUCUAACCGCUGAGUCUCCCCCCAUCUCCGUGUCUGACACUGUGAAUGGCUGGGGGCUCUUAUUCCUAGAGCCACCAGAAGAAAGGAAAGCUCAGAAAAUCAAAGAGGCCGGCUGCCCAGCACCAGAGAAAACUGAGACAAGUGAAGCGAAAGUAUCUGGAUUACAACACGAACGGCGAUGAGAAACCU